AUGGCUUCCGGUGGUAGCAACGUAACGAGCAAAAGUAAUGAUGACUCGAAAUGGUACUUUACUGCCGAGCAGCUCGCCAGCUCGCCGAGCCGCAGGCAAGGCAUGGAUGCGGACCAGGAGCUCAUGUACAGACAGCGGGCAGCCAACCUGAUACAGGACAUGGGCCAGCGGUUGCAAGUCUCUCAGCUAUGCAUAAAUACGGCCAUCGUAUACAUGCACCGUUUCUACGCAUUUCACUCAUUCACCCAGUUCCAUCGGAACAGUAUCGCUGCGGCUGCCCUAUUCCUUGCAGCAAAGGUCGAAGAACAGCCGCGAAAGCUGGAGCACAUCAUCAAAGUGGUGCACAUAUGCUUGUGCCUCGAGGCGCCGGACCCGAUGCGCGAGAGCUACGCCGAACAGGCGCAGGACUUAGUGUUUAAUGAAAAUGUACUUCUGCAAACGUUGGGCUUCGACGUUGCCAUCGACCACCCACACACGCACGUCGUGAAAACUUGUCACCUUGUAAAAGCUUCCAAAGAUUUGGCACAGACAUCCUACUUCAUGGCAUCCAAUAGCUUACACCUUACAACCAUGUGCCUCCAGUACAAACCGACGGUAGUGGCCUGCUUCUGCAUUCACCUGGCUUGCAAAUGGUCCCGCUGGGAGAUUCCGCAGUCGAAUGAAGGUCGCCACUGGUUUCACUACGUUGACAAGACGGUGACGCUCGAUCUGCUGAAGCAGCUGACGGACGAGUUCUUGCACAUAUUCGAUCGAUGUCCAACGCGAUUGAAAAGCAAGAUGAAAUCCAUUCGAGCUGACCAGGUGCCGGAGGAAUCCGGACGACGCACGGGAAGCAGUAGUAGUGGUGGUAAUGCCAUCAUGCCAGCCCCAUCAUCGUCUUCCGUGCCGCGUGGAGUCGACGAGGGAAGUAGCUCCUCAUCGGUCGCCUCUAGUCAUCACCGUCCCACGUCCACAUCGUCCUCCUCCCAUCCGCAUUCGAAGCAGGGCUCAAACUCCGAUCAAAUGAAGCAACAACACAAGAUUCCAUCCUCGUCCGGUUCGAGCAGCAGGUCGGGUCGAUCAGAUCGACCACCACAAUCGUCGUCAUCCAGUUCCUCGGGACAGCAGCAACAUUACGGUAGCGGAUCUAGCAGCAACAAAGGACCGCUCCCUGGGCAUCGUUCCGCCGGUGGGAUGCAGCAACCAACGGUAGCGAAUUCUGGCUCAACGAAUUCAUCCUCCCAACGGGCACCCGGCUAUGGUAGUGCGCACGAAGGGGGCAAAAAUCGACAACCUGCCAUGAUGGGAUCCGCGGGAGGAGGAAACGUUCCUGCUUCAGUUCCAGGCGGUGGUUCAUCAGCAUCGGCGAGUGCUGCUUCAUCAUCAUCCAUGCAUUCCGGGUACAAUCAGGCCAAAGCCGAUCGUCACAGUAGCGGUGGCCAGAAGGGCCCCCUGAAACCGCAGUCGUCGUCAUCCAUUGGAGGAUCUGCACCGUACAACAACAUGAAGCAGCAGCAACAACAGCAGCAGCAAUCUGCUUCUCUAUUUUCCCAUCCUCCAAGCUACAACCAGUCGGUGAGUGGACGUGGCAGUGGAUCGAAUCUUGCCUCGAACGAACCGCCCCCGGGCGGCAGUAGUCACCAGCUGAAAGCGGCACACUCUCAUUCCGGUGCCACCAGCGGGGCUUCCGGGCUCGAUUCGUCGUUCCGGUUGCUUGACGAUUCGAUAGGACGGUUAAAUGAUCAGAUGCAAAUGUGUACGCCGCCGAAACAGACCAAACCGUCGUCGAUUUUCAGCCCCGAUUGGAAGGAUUCACAGAACGAAGGAAUUGUCCCGACCGGGGGUAACAGUAAAUCACGCUCUGCAUCCGGUCAUUAUGGUGCUGGUGGCGAACGAUUGCUGAAACCACCGAAGGGGUCACCAGGUGGCAAGAAGCAGCAGCAGCUGCUGCAGCACCAGCACCAGCAACAGCAGCAGCAGCAUGCCGCAAUGACCGCUUCGAUUAGCUCGGUUGGUGGGAUGGCAGGAUCUCAUGGAGCACGAUCGGAGACAACCAAGAAGGAGCGCCGCUCGGAAGCACCUCCGGGAGGCAACAAACAUCCGUCAAUGUCUGCGGCUUUCGUCGACAAGAAGGGGCUCCAGGGUGGACCGUCGAUGCCGGGCAGUAAUCACUCCAGCGGCAGCCUAAAACGGGCACUCGAUGGCAAUACGCUCGGAGCGCACUUUCCUCCGACUGCCACCGGAGCGAUGAACAUGGAUCCUUCGAUGAUGGCCGCUGGUGCCGAGCACAGCAAAGCGGCAUCGGCUGGUAAUGCACCGACCAAGCGCCCCCAUUCCGGGGCAAACGAGCAGAUCCGGCAGGACGAUGGUACCGAUUUCCGGGAGCAGAAGGUACGCAAAAUGGAGUCCGUGCAAGCGACCACUGCCGCAUUCCUGGCGUCGUCGGCGUCACCCUCGGAUCAGCUGUUCAACUCCUCGUUCGAUCUGGCCAGCACGUUCGAUAAGAUGGAUUCGUCGUCGUUGUUUAGCUUCAACGAUCCGGGCUCACUGCUGUCGCAACCGUUGCUGAGUGAUUCAAAACCUUCAACACUGGCCAAAAGUGGUGCACUUUACAGUGGGGCCAUCAACGGGAUCGAGACGAAUCCGGCGCUAGUGAGCAGUCUGUUGAAGGAAAGUUUGUUCAACGAAACGCCCAAGUUUGGCUCGUUGUACGGUGCCGGAGGAGGAGGUCCUCCGGGCAUCGGCGAAGGUGGUAUGACGUCCCUGCCCGUCGACGUGGGAUCCAAAUCUACGCUACCGCUGCCGCCACAGUCCGAUCAAGCGGCGCCGGUGAGUCAAAUGGACUCGAAACCGCCCAUUGAGAGCGGCUCGAUACUGCAGGGCAGUACGGCGGGUGUGCACGAUCCUGCUGGAGGUCCACCUUCUUCCUUCCCGUGGGUGGCAGCGAACGUAGCGGUACCCCCCGGGGACACACCAGCAACGACCACCGUACCACCGAUGUCCACGCUACCACCCGUUGUCACUGAAACGCCGAUGGCGACCACAGCGUCGACGGCGGCUUCUCCCUCGGACGACACCGACCAAGGUGGGCAUCGGUCGAAGGGUGAGAAGAAAAAGAAGAAGGAAAAGCAUAAGCACAAGGAAAAGGACAAGACGAAAGAUCGCGAUCGGGAGGAGAAGAAGAAGCACAAAAAAGACAAAGACAAGCAUCGCGAUCGUGAGCACCGCGAUCGCGAGCAGGGAGGGCUGGCGCCGGAUGGUGGCAGUGCCGAGGGCAGUGUGGUCGGCAGUGGUCACGCUUCCCACCAGGAUCCUCCACCGGGGCCGAUCAAGAUCAAGCUCAACCGAUCGAUGGUAGAGGGCGCCGCUGCUGGCGGUGCUGCCGGUCCUACCACCGGCCACGCGGGUAAUGCAUCGUCCGGUGCCGACGGGUUAAAGAUUAAAAUUCCAAAAGAUCGUCUUUCCGGUGCGUCUUCACUGCCAGCGUCCACCAUCGGGGCCACCGGUACGGCCACGACCGGCGGGUCUUCGUCGUUGAAGUUGAAAAUCUCCAAGGAUAAGAUUGAACAUUACAACAUCAGUGCCAGCGAGGGGUCCGCUAGUGCACCGGGUGUUGCUGGUGGCAGUGUGUAUGGUGUGGGUCCCGGUGUUCCCAUGCCGGUCGCGGGAGGGCCCGUUGGUGGUGUGCCCCAUCUGGUGGCACCAAGCGGCCUUCCGUUAGCCGGAGUGGGAGCAACUAGCAGUGGCAAGAAGAAGGAUAAAGAACGCGACAAGGAUCGUAAAUCCAAAGCGGACCAUAGCAGUCGACAGAACGGCAGUGGAGCAUCCGGUGGCGGCAACCUUUCUGGCAGCAACGGUGGAAAAUCUUCUCACAAGACUUUUGCGAACGUUCAGCAGCAGCAACAGCCAUAUGCCAUGCUCAACGCCAACCAAACGGCGACGUCGGUCCCAGCAUCACUAGUUGCCGGUAUGCAUGGCUAUCAUCAUUCCGCAACCGGUUUUGAUUAUAUGCAGCAGCCACAUCAGUCACUGAGUGCGCUUCAGCAGCAACAACAGCAACAGCAGCAACAGCAGCAACAACAGCAACAACAGCAACAACAGCAACAACAGCAACAAUACUAUUCCCAGUACGGACAGUAUGGCUCCCAGCAGCAGCAACAGUAUCCGCAGUUUAUGAAUUCGACAACCGGUGCCGGUGCUGGUAAGCUUCCCGGGCAACAACCGGGACCGGGUAUGCAAGUAACGUCGCAGCAUCCAUCGUACUAUUACGGCGGCGGAGGACAGGGUGGUGGCUCGGCACCCACCAGCCAGCAGCAGAGUGGCAAAAAGUAGGCAGCCACACGAAAAGCACACGUACACAAUUUGGUGUCUGUGUGUGUUCCCUACAAUUCCCGGUGGUAGUCGUGUUUCUUUUUGUUUUGGGGUGUCAUGUCAGGCCUCCACACGAAAUCGACCACCGUCAUCACUGUCCCCCUUGUUGCUGGGAAUUUCGUUUACUUAAACCCUAAUUAUCGUGUAUGAUUUUAUUGCACGCAUGUUUGCGAUUUUAUGAUCCUACUAUUGCUAUCUUAGGUUUCGUUUUUCUUCUUUCAAUCUAGACUUGUGAAGUUGCCAGCUUCCGAUUUAACUAUGUAGCAAAUAAUGACAACUCAUUUAUCUUUAUAAAACAACACACACAAAAUUGGCAAAAAGUUGUUCAGCCCCCGUUUAAAUUACACCUCAAUUGCCAAACAAUUUACUCAACUAACGAUCGGAUUAUCGGAUUCGACGGCCGCCACGACAGCCUGCCCCCGUCGGAUGCCAUUGUUGCUGCAUGUUUGGGUUCCCUGCAUUUGUUACGUUAGAGGCUUCAUAUAGGCACACUUCGUAGGGGUUCCAGCCUAUAAGCGCAGCCUAUUGAGGAUGCUGCAGUUUUCCGGGGUAUGAAAUCUAAUAAAUCGCAAUCCAAAACCUGUAAAUGGUUGCAAAUAGUUUUCGAAAAAAAAAUUGUGGGGCAGAGAGAUCAACGUGUGGGAUCAAACGAUCAUGGAAUACCAGUAACAGCCGGAACGGUCUGGUACUGUGUAUCUCAACACUGGCUACUCAAUGCCGGUCGCCGGCAAAGAGCGAUGCAAAAGGAACAUCCAGAACGGAAGGAGGUGUCUGAUGACCGACAUUAUGGGUCAAGAUUAGGAAACUUCUUAGAAGUGUAACUUUCGUUCUCUGUUUUCCUAUGGAUGGUAAAUAUCGUCGAUAACAUUUUGCCGAAAAACAAGAGAGCAACAAGAGGACGAAAUAGAUACAAAAUGGAAUACAAAAACAAACUUAACCCUAGAGCAGAGCUAGUAAACGUAAACGAUAGGAAAAAUAUUGGAGUCGUUGGAACGGACGGGAGCGGAUGUGUGUACAUAUAUAAGCGCAUUUGGCCACAACAACUGCAAAGCAAUUAUCUUAGCCUUUCCGACGGUCUCGAGGGAGAUUUCUGUACUGCUUCGGGCUUAAGGAGAUGCGGUUGCGGAGUGACAAUAGGGCCAUCGAACCUACGAUCGCUAGCUUGAUGAGGGCUGAAGGCCUCCGCGGGCUAGCAAAACAGCAACACUUCCCGUUUGCUGGAGGGCUUGGUCUGUACCUCUUUACCAAAACGGUGGUCCGGAGUGGAACGAAGGUGGAACUAAUACUACUACAACGUUGAAAUACGGAAGGGCGGCACGUCGCGCAAACGGCCGAUUGCCGCCGGAUAAACAAAUGAGCAUUAAUAAAAAAACUCAUUGCUUCCUUUCGCACAGGAAUGCACUCACUGAACCUAUUACUGCUAAAAGCUAUUCGUGUAAUCUAACGUCAUACCCAAAAAUAUCACGCAAGUAUGAAUUAAAAAGAAGAGCAACACAAAGUGAAUAUCUACAAAUUUGAAUUCGGCAAAAUCGAAUGUAUAAUCCACUUAUAAAUCAAUUGAUAACGAAAGAGCAUAAGCAGCAAAGUGGUUUGGCACUAAUAAACAAGCAAAACAAAAGCCCGUAAAUAUGUCUUCGAUGCUACGCAGCACCUGCACCGUUGCCUGCGGGCUGUUUCCGUUUUGCUUCGUGCGAGAUCAACGAUCAACACUUUACAGGCACCGCGAACGAACGUAUUCAAAAACAUGGAUUUUGUUUUAACCUCAAUAGGUUGCCGCGCCAUUUGAGAUAACCGAUGGUUUCCGUUACGAUUCUGAUCUUGCAAGACUUGCGCGCAGGCGCGUGCAUGUGGUGCGUAGCGUAAUGGGCGUAAUAUCGAGCAAAGCUUAAAAAAUUGACAAAAAGGAAAAAAAAUGUUCAGAAAUUGAAAGAGACAGAGUACACUCCUGUUGAAACGAAAAAAAAAACACAAAUCUACACAAAACACUUGAACCGAUAAGUCUGAAUUAGAGGGAAAACUGUAGUAGACGAAAUGGGUCAUAAGAACUCGGAUGCGAGGCACUAGUUAGUCCAUGAGAGUGAGAGCAAAGCAGUUAGUAAAGAGCGUACUAAGGCGCGACGACGGUGAGCGAAGUGUGAAGCGGAUAAUCGAUACUGUAAUGAGUUUUUCCUGUUGUUGAAGUAAAAGACACCGAACUUGUUUUGUUCCGUGCCAGGGCAGUCUGCGUCAGUGGAUGCAGUGUCUUUCCUUAACCCUGACAUCGAACCUUUCACACUCUACUAUUAGUGCAUUGCGGGCCUCUCGAUCCACGAUCCACGAUCACUUCUGCUUGUAGCGAUUACGUUAAUCUGCAGCGAGAAAAUAGUGUAACCCACAAAUGAACAAAUGAAUGGUGUUUCUCUUGUUUGUCUAGAAAGCAGUAAAGGCAAUCAGAAACGGAAGAUAGUGCUGGCGGCACGUGGGCGGGAAAGAUCGACAAAAGUGGCGGGAAUAAAAACGACACACCGAUGCUGCAUACCCCGAAUUCCUGGUGUAUAUUUGUUAGCCUAAAGACUGCGGUCGUAUGAAAUCAAUAUUUACCUUAUUUAUACCUUAACUAUCUUUACGUCUAUAUAAGGUUAUCUUUACGU